CGCGCGACGUGUUAUGAGUGUGCUUCGCUGCCUCUCCACGCGCCGCCCUCCCCGCCGCCACGGGGAGUGGAAGUGGUUUGAUGGCGGAAACAGCUGGCAGCUCUCUGUCGCCAUAGCAACACAUUUUCCGCCUCGAGCGGAAACCUGGACUCUCUUCUUCCCUUUCUUUUCCUCUGUCCUCAGGCGCUAAAGCGACGUGUCCUGAGAGCGGGAGGUGGCGGCAGUCCAAUAGGAGGGGGCGGUGGGAAGAGGGUGUGGGUUGUUGAGGGGGCACAGGACUCUGUGAGGGGUGAAUGAAUGGGGUGGGAAACGGAGAUUCAAUGAACCGUUGGCUUUGAUGGCUCGGCUGUCUCCAUAGAAACAGGCCUUUGAGACGUGAGUUGGCCGGGCGUUUUUCUUCCAGGAGUGUGCGGCGGCGGUCGCGUUGCUGCAGUUUCUUCUGAGACUGGGUAGCAGCAGGAGUUGUAGCAGACAGACAGACCGACCGCCAUCCUCCACAGCGGGCCGUUAUUAGGUGGAGAUAAAAAUAGUACUGACGGCCCUGCCUGGAAAGAGUAACUUUCCUCUGGAAUCUCGGCCAUAAUGGGAUGCCUUGCUUCCCCUCCACAGAAAAAAGGCUCAAGGUUUCAAAAGCAGUGAUAAGAGAAGGAUAUUUACGUAUCAAACUCUCCAAGUAGAAAAUUAAAUUUAUUGCAAAAAGUAUGGUUCGACUAACAUUGGAGCUAAUUGCGAAAAGCCUUAAUCAGAAGAAUCGCAGGGAUGAAUCUUUGGCUCAGCACCUGAGGAAAACCACUCAUCUCAAGUUGUCUAAUAAAAAUAUAGAUAUAAUUGAUGACCUCUCUCUGUGUAAAAACCUUAAUGUCCUUUAUCUGUAUGAUAAUCAAAUUAGACAAAUACAUAACUUGGACUUUGCUUCAAACCUAAGACACCUGUACCUGCAGAACAAUUGCAUUACACGAAUUGAAAAUCUAACAUCAUUAAUAAAACUUGAAAAACUGUAUCUGGGUGGCAACCACAUCACUGUAGUGGAGGGUUUAGAGACUUUAGAAGAACUGAGAGAAUUGCAUGUUGAAAGCCAGCAGCUUCCCUUAGGAGAAAAACUCUUGUUUGAUCCCAGGAGUCUUCAUUCACUAGCAAAAUCUUUGCUGGUUUUGAAUAUCAGCAAUAACAAUAUUGAUGAACUAAGUGAUUUAGCCAUUCUGGAAAAUGUCCACCAUCUCAUAGCUGUUGACAACCAACUUAACCAUGUAAAGGACUUGGAAUGUGUUCUGAGUGUAUGGACCAAGCUAUGCAAAAUAGAGCUAAAUGGGAAUCCUGUUUGCCACAAACCAAAAUACCGGGACAGGAUUAUAUUACAAUCGAAAACUCUUGAAUCCCUUGAUGGGAAAGAAAUAAAAGAAAUGGAAAGGCAAUUCCUGAUGAAUUGGAAAGCGUCCAGAGAAGCCAGAAAAAAGAACAAGGCAGAAAGCACAAUGAAUGAGAAUUCAUCAUAUUCGCGUUUUGACGAUAAUGACUCAGAACAUCCCCAUUUUCCUAUUUUCUACUACCCUGUGGCCAGAGAAAAACCAAAUUUUGCUCUUGUGUCUGAGGGACACAGAAUUCCUUCCAACAGAGAAUCCCAACCAACAGCCCAAGAAGAAAGUAGAGUUACUGAAAAAAUCAGCCAUUCAGCUGUAAGAAAUUCUCAGCGUGUACAGAAAGAAUUGUUUGAACCUCAUCUCCUUAGGCAAAUGCCUCUAUAAGCAGACGCUGGAAAGACAAUGUCUUGUUGUAGAACUAACAGAACAAGUGGAAUGCAUCAGAGGCAGCUAUGAAGAAAAGCUAAAUCCAGUGAGAAUAGCUCUAUAUUUUUAAAAACAUAGGGCUAUUUUAAAACAUCUUUUCACUGUUAACACAGCAACAUUUCACAAUAUGAAAAUCAAUAUUUUGUAUAAUAGAUGUGAUGUAUCAGUGUAAUUUCUUAAAUAAACAUUUUAAAAUAA